AUGGAAUCAGGACCUUCACACGGAGCUUCUACUCCACAAGUAGCACCACAAACGGCUGGACGAUUGGGAUUGACGCCAGAACAACUAAAAUGGUUAAUGACAAAGCUUUCAUCCGAUGAUGAAAAGGAUCUCUCCAAGACAAUGCGCGACUGUACGAGCGAAAUGACAGCAACACGUGGAUUUCCUUUCGCUAUUGGCACGAUGGUAUCAAUGUGGAUUGUGAGGAAUCGGCUUCCUGAGAAAUACUGGAUUGGUCCAAAGUCGGCAUGGGCCUUCUACACGUUGAUUGGACUGGGAUCGUUAACAGCGGCGAAUUUGUUGAGUAUGAACACGUGUGCUGAUCGGGUACGGCCGAAAUUGGCUGCGCUUUAUGAAAAGGUGGGUGGUUUGUAUUUUUUGUCUUGGAUUUUAGGCUAAUGGAGUUGACGGAAGAUCUGAUGGUUUUUGGAGUUGGAAUAGAGUCUAGGCUUUACUAUAGUAUUGAUUUCAAAGACGUAGCAUAGUUUUCAUGGUAUAUACAUCGAUUUUUCUCAAGAUGUUCCGUUAUAUGUAUAUUAAUAUUGUUGGUCUUGAAUUUAUGGUUUUUGAUGUAAGAGGGCUAAUUUGACGCUUUCAGAAGCAAGAAUAAAUUAUAAACUUUGAUAAAUAGAUAUUGAGUUUAUAUCUUGUCUUACAGUUUGUUUCAAUUAUUUUUCGCCGAACUAUCUUAUAUUAUUGAUGGUUAAUAAAAUUGACUUUUAUUAUAAGAUUAUGGAGUUAAUUGGUUUGUUGGAUAGUUUUGGUAGUUGAAAUAGACUUGUACCUUUAGUAUACUUUAGGUUUCUCAUUAAUAGUUAUGUUUUCUGCCGUUUUAUAACGAAUUUCAGUCAAGCUUACUAUAAUAUAAAUUGGUAAUAGAGAGUUACUUGAUUUUGGUAGGAACAGCGGGUUGUUAAGCUUUACAGCACUUUUAAAAUUAAUUGUAUGGUUAGAUAGAUAUAUAAUUGGUAGUAGAAGGUUGUUUGUAUCUUAUUUUGUGAAUAUAUUGAUAUAUGUUAUCUUAUAGUAUUAACUUUUGUUAAUUUUUAUAUUUUCAGUACAAUGAAAUUGCCGAUGGUCACGGAGCACCUCAAGACCGUUAUUCUCAACUCCGUGAGCAGAAUCGACGUGGUGGUCCAACGCUGCGGUCGAUGUUAGAUGAUCAAAAAGCGGCCAGUGCCGAGUACGAAGAGAUUAAGAAGAAGAAUGACAGAUAUCAUUGGGACGAAACAGCGCCACUAUUGAGUGGUACACCCACAACCUCGGUACCAAUUGCUGGAAAAUCAACGGCUUUAAGAGGAGAUUCGCCGGAGAGUGGCACUAGUUACGGCGACAAAGACUUUUCGUAG